GUGACAGAGAUACUGCCCAGUUUAUAUGUUCAUCCGUUACUAAUCGCCUUAUAUCACUACUAAGAGAGUAGUAAUACAUUCAGCAAAAUUUCAGUUACUGCCCUCACAGGCAGUCUUCACAUAGAUUCCAAGGCCAAAAGAGGCAUGAUUAUAUCUCAUUUGUUUCAGACAAACCUCAGGCACACAUCAUUACUUAACAACUUAGCCAGUGAGCACAUUCUGUUCUCUGUGAGGUCAUUACCAUGAGUCUGCUCAGAGCUUCCCUGAUGCUGGACAGACCCACCUUGUUGGGCCAGUGAUGGCCAACCUUUCUUGCUAAUUAAAUGUUAAUACUGUUACACUCGCCUGUUUGUGGUUGCUAGCAACUAUUUUCCAGAACAUCUCAUUCAUUCCAGAUUAUGAUGAUGGCUUUUCAAUGAAGCAUACAGCCACUGCCCGUUUCCAGAGAAACCACCGCCUCAUCAGUGAAAUCCUAAGUGAGAGUGUGGUGCCAGAUGUUCGGUCAGUUGUCACAACAGCUAGAAUGCAAGUCCUCAAGCGACAGGUCCAGUCCUUAAUGGUUCAUCAGCGAAAACUAGAAGCUGAACUUCUUCAAAUAGAGGAACGACACCAGGAAAAGAAGAGGAAAUUCCUGGAAAGCACAGAUUCUUUUAACAAUGAACUUAAAAGGUUGUGCGGUCUAAAGGUAGAAGUGGAUAUGGAGAAAAUUGCAGCUGAAAUUGCACAGGCUGAGGAACAGGCCCGCAAAAGGCAAGAGGAGAGAGAGAAGGAGGCAGCAGAGCAAGCCGAGCGCAGUCAGGGCAGCAUUGCUCCUGAAGAAGACCAAGCAUCGAACAAAGCUGAGGAGAAGAAAGACGAUGAGAGCGUUCCAAUGGAAACAGAGGAGACCCGCCUCGAAGAAACGACGGAGAGCCAACAGAAUGGCGAAGAAGGCACAUCUACUCCUGAGGACAAGGAGAGUGGGCAGGAGGGGGUCGACAGCAUGGCAGAGGAAGGAACCAGUGACAGUAACACUGGUUCAGAGAGCAACAGUGCAACAGUGGAGGAGCCACCAACAGAUCCCAUACCAGAAGAUGAGAAGAAAGAAUAAAUGUUGCCUUGUUUUAUGUGUCCUAAAUACUUUUUUUAAAUGAAAAAAAAAAAAAUUUUUUUUUCUUUUUAAUGG